GCAGGCGCGGAGCCCCGCGGGAUGCGGGCGCUGCUGCGGCGGCUGCACGGCGCGGCCGUGGCGCUGCUGCUGUGGCGGGGCCCGGCCCGUGCCCGUCCCGCCGCCUCCGAGGUGCUGAGCCAGCACCUGCGGCAGCGCCGCCUGCCCCACUGGACCUCGUUCUGCGUCAAGUACAGCGCGGUGCGCAACGACCAGUUCGGCCUCUCGCACUUCAACUGGCCCGUGGACGGCGCCAACUACCUGGUGCUGCGCACGGGCUGCUUCCCCUUCAUCAAGUACCACUGCUCCCGCGGCGCGCCGCAGGAGCUGGCGCUGCAGGACGCCUUCUUCACCGCCCUCAAGGUGCUCAACGCCGGCAUCCCAACUUUACUGUAUGGAAUUGGCUCCUGGUUCUUUGCCCGUGUCACAGAGACUGUUCACACCAGCCAUGGCCCAGUCACUAUUUAUUUUCUAAAUAAAGAAGAUGAAGGAGCCAUGUACUGAACUGAAUAGCUGUCCUCUGGUACAAAUAUCUGCUGCCUUUGACUAAAAACAAGUGAAAAACUUGCUUUUUCCACUGUGUUCUCAUGCUCAAUGUGCUGUUUCAGGAAGCUGCAUUGACUUUUUGGUUGUGAGAGAUUUAUUUUUGCAGAAAUCUGUGAAGUUGAAGAAUUAGAAUGUCUGAGGGUGUGGCUGGAAGUCAGGGACUGGUGCUGCUGGACAAACUUGUGAUCAUUUAAAGAGAUGCAUUUAUCAGCUUAGAGAACUGAAUUGUAGCCUGUGGGCAAGGAAACAUUUCAGAAUGUCCCUGAAAAGAUAAAGCUGCUCAGGUGUAGAUCCUGUCUAGAUAUUUCAUAAUGAAUUAAUUAAUUGCCACAGCUGUAACUGUGAAUGGAUGAAUCUGUGGCACUGAGUAGCACAAUCACCUUGAUGAGCCUUUGGGGGAAAAAAAAAACACCCUAAAAGAAGUGCAAAAUGGCUGUAUGGCAUUUCUUGAAAUGAUAUUUAAAUAAAAUAUCCAAAGUAUA